AUCGACCAUGUGAGAUCAUCCUUGUGCUAUAUAGAUGAUACCUAUGUCAGUAAAUAUCAUCCAUGACAGGGAAAUGGCUCGAACUGUCAACAAAACAAUUAACAUGUCAAGCUGACGGUGAAAUUAAUUCCGACGGCAGGAUGUGAGAUACACCGGAACGUAAAACAUUUACAAACAAUGGCCUCCGCCAGUGGGCUUCCAUCACCGUUAACUACGACCACAAACAGAACGGGUGUGUUUGGAUCUACAAUCCCGGUUAAGUCUUCAAAUGUGUCCAGUUCUGCAGACUUGUCUCGUAUUGAAUUUGACUUGUUCGUACAGAAUGACCUUCCUGUUGUGAUAUACCUGGCCGUGUUGUGUGUUUUAGGAACAGUGGGUAACGCCCAUGCCGUGGCGGUUUAUUUAUUUCGAUACAAACCAUCAAAUCACCGCACGUUUGUGUUAUGGCUAGCGUCUGUGGAUCUCACCGCGUCAUUGUUAAGUAUGCCAUUUGAAAGUUUUGACAUUCGCUACAAUCUUACAUUUUCCAUUAUUCCUCUGUGUAAGUUUUUCAAGGCCCUGAACUACUUUGUCAGUACAUGUUCCGGGUUUCUGCUUGGAAUAAUUGCUGUAGAACGGUACCGGAAGAUAUGUGUUCCGCUCGGGAUGCAAUUGACGAUGCGAGCUGCGAAAUACGCAUGUUUGGUUGCGACACUAGUUGCCACGGGACUUUCGUCCAUUUCUGGUGUAGUAUACGGUAUUGUAACGAGACAAGUUCCGUCAUUUGUAAACCUCACCGGAACGGAAUGUACGGUAAUGGAUAAAUAUAGAGAAGCGUCUCUGUUCAAAGGAUAUUCGGUGUUCCUAUUGUUCAUCAGUACUGUUGUGUUUGUCUUGUGUAUAUUUACCUAUUCAUUUGUUGGCAGAAUACUCUAUAAACAAAUGCUGUUUAGGACAAAAUCCCAUUCAAAUUCAUCCGCCUCGACUUCAAAUCGGAAGUCUAGUACCGGAAAUGAGAAUCAAGACUUUGGCAGUAGUGGGCACCAGGAGGAGGAAUCCAGUUUUGCGCAUGUCACAACUAAAGAAAUGAUAGCUGUGACGUCACCAAGAGAAAACGGUAAACAGAAGGGCAGAAGAAAGCGAGGCUUGGACAGAAGCAAACAAAUCGCUUUCAUGUUUCUAGUCGCUACAGCAGCCUCGUAUGUGGGAUAUUUACCAAAUAUGGUGCUGUUAAUCAUCAAAGGAAUACGCAGUGAAACGUAUGAUGCCAUUGAUGAACGUCUCGGAGCUUUUAACGCAAUUCUUGUGAGAUCUUACUUCAUGAGUAACGUUGCUAAUCCAAUUGUAUAUUGUUUUGUAGACGAACGAUUUCGACGAGAAUGUAGACUACUUUACCAGAAGUUAUAUCGCUACGUAUGUAAAAAUGUCAGAUGUCAGCGACAGUCUUGAUCAAAUGCUAUCAUCUUCUCUAUUUUUCCUUGAUGUAUAUAGCGAAACAGUCGUAUUUGUGUCAUAUUAGAUAGGACAAUGCCAGUAAUUUGGAUAAUAUCACCAAUGAAUAAUCCAGAUAACACGUGAUUAAUGUUUGUGCUCCGGAUAAACGGUUAACAUGAUGCUUGUUGCAUGGAUGAAAAUGUCGGGUUCUGGAAAUACUGUAAUUGCUGGUUUUACCAACGUUUAUCAUGACAUAUGGGGGAGGGGCUGUUAUUUCGAGAAUUACUGAACUCAGUAUUGUUACUUUAACCUAUGUGCUUGUUUUUAAAAGUUUAUAAGAUCGUUUAUUUUCCCCAGUUCAGAUUUGUUUUCACUAAUUAUUUAUAGAUAUUGUAUUUGUUCGAUUAUUGAUUGAAAGUUAACCCAUUCCCCUGUACCAAGUCUUAGUCUAACAGCAUACAUGUUGUUGAAUAGUUUUACUGGCAUUUAGCCUUUCGGCCAAUCAGUAUGACAUGGACAUGUACAACACAUAAUCAAAAAUAAAUUGAGUGAAUCAGUAAUAAUAUGUGUAACAUUCCCAGUUGUAUGAUUGUCUUCCAACUCUGAUUAUUUGACAUCAUUUUAUACAUACCUCUUAUUGAAAUAAAAAUUAAAGAAAUAUAACCGUUCAAUAA